CAACGCGGUCGGCGUCGUCGUCCUGACCGGCGGGCGAUCCGUCAUGGGCCGCAUCGCCAACAUCACCGCCGGCGUCAAGCAGAAGCCCACCCUGAUCCAGCGCGAGAUCACGCGCUUCGUCACCAUCAUCGUCAUCCUCACCGUCUGCUUGGCCUCCCUCAUCCUGUUCACCUGGGUCGGUUGGCUCCGCGUCGACCACUACGGCUUCAUGAACGUCGUGCAGAUGCUGAACGAUGUCAUGGGCUGCGUCGUCGCCUUCAUCCCCGAGGGCAUGCCCAUCGGCGUCGCCCUCACGCUGAUGAUGGUCGCCCGCCGCAUGAAAGCCGCCAACAUCCUGCCCAAGGGCCUCGCGACCGUCGAGACCCUGGGCUGUGUCAAUGUGCUCUGCUCCGACAAGACGGGCACGCUGACGCAGAACAAGAUGAUUGUCAAAUCAGUCGGCCUCCUGGACCGGGAAUACGCCAUCGACGAGAUCACGGCGCUGCACCAGCAGGCCGACAUUCCCGAAUCCCUGGCCAGUCUCCACCGCGGCUCGCUGCUCUGCAACGACGCCUUCUUCGAUCCCGCAUCCCUCAGCAAGCCCAUCCCCGAUCGUGAGGUGCAUGGCAAUGCCACCGACGCGGCCGUCCUGCGAUUCGCGGAAUCCAUCCAGCCGGCGGGCAAUCUCGCCUCGCAGUACGAACGCGUCUUCCAGAUACCCUUCAACUCCAAGAACAAAUGGAUGUUGACCAUGCACAAGCUUCCGUCGGCGGAUUCGAGCUCGGGCUAUCUCGUUUACGUGAAGGGUGCCCCCGAUGUGCUCCUCCCCCGGUGUACGGCCUACUGGUCCGGUCAGAGCCACGAAGUCAAGGCGCUGGACGACUCGGCCAAGCAGCUCUUUUCCGCGUUCCAGGAGAAGCUGUCCAAGCGGGCGGAGCGCGUCAUUGUCCUGUGUCAGCGGUCAUACGUCCCGCGCAACGCCCUGGGGUCGAACGACUUCAAGGACGAGAUCGAAAACGAAUGCACGCAGGAUCUGACCAUCAUCGGCAUCUACGGUAUCAUCGAUCCCCCGCGGCCAGAGACCGCCCAGACGGUGGCCUCAUGCCGCCGCGCGGGGAUCCGGUUCUUCAUGGUCACGGGUGACUUUGGUCUCACGGCCGCCGCGAUUGCGCGGGAGGUCGGCAUCUUCACGGGCACGGCGGAUCCCGACACGGUGUCGGACCUGCCGAGCGCGUCCGACAGCGAAGGAAACGAAAAACCCGACCGGUCGCGACGGUCGCUGCUGGUCGAAGGCCCCCAGAUUUCGUCGCUUCGGGAGAGCGACUGGGACGCCAUCUGCCGGUACGAGGAGAUUGUGUUCGCGCGGACGACGCCCGAGCAGAAGCUGCGCAUCGUGGAGGAGUUCCGGGCGCGCGACCACGUCGUGGCGGUGACGGGCGACGGCGUCAACGACGCGCCGGCGCUGCGCAAGGCGGACGUGGGCGUGGCCGUCGUGUCGGGCAGCGACGUGGCCAUCGAGGCAGCGGAUCUGGUGCUGCUGGACAAGUUCGACUCGAUCGUGCAGGCGAUCCGGCUGGGCCGGCUGGUGUUCCAGAACCUGCAGAAGGUGAUUGCAUAUCUGCUGCCGGCGGGCAGCUGGUCGGAGAUCUGGCCGGUGGUGAUGAACGUGUUCUUCGGCGUGCCGCUGCCGCUGAGCUCGUUUCUGAUGAUCAUCAUCUGCGUGUUCACGGACCUGUUCCUGUCGCUGUCGCUGAUCAUGGAGAAGGAGGAGUUUGACCUGCUGGACCUGCCGCCGCGGAACCACAAGCGCGACCACUUGAUCAACUUCAAGAUCUACGCGCAGUCGUACCUGUUCAUCGGGGUGAUGGAGACGCUGUGCGCGCACUGCAUGUUUUUCCUGUACAUGUACCGGGCGGCGGGCAUCCCGUUCCACGCGCUGGUGUUUGCCUUUGAGAAGUACUCGGACGGGUUCUACGGGUACACGCAGGCCGAGCUGACCAACUUCAACAACGUGGGGCAGUGCGUGUACUUUGUGACGCUGGUGAUGCUGCAGUGGGGCAACAUCCUGUCGGUGCGCAACAAGCGCAUGUCGAUUCUGCAGGCAGACCCGGUGCGGCGGAAGCGGCGCAACCCGUGGCUGGCGCUGGCGAUGCUGGUGUCGCUGGUGAUUGCCAUCUUCGUGACGGAGGUGCCGGGGCUGCAGUAUCUGUUCAACACGGCGCGGGUGCCGAUCGAGUAUUGGUUCAUACCGCUGGGGCUGGCGCUGGGCAUAUUGAUGAUGGACGAGGUGCGCAAGUUGGUGGUGCGGCUGUUUCCCAAGAGUCUGAUUGCGCGGAUAGCGUGGUAG